AUGUCUGAAGAUAGUAAUAGAGGAGGAGGAGGAGAGAGUAGUAUAAUAGUAGACCAAGCAGAACAUCUAAACAACAUAUUGAUUGAUCCUAUUAGCUUAUCAACGAUAGAAGAUCCAGUAUUAACAACUUGUGGACACAGUUUCUCACGUGAAACAAUAGAAGAUUGGUUAUCAAAGAAACAAACAUGUCCUCUAUGUCAUAAAACUAUAUCAAAAGAUCAAUUGACACCAAACUAUAGUUUAAAAGAAAUCAUUGAUCAUUUAGCUGCAAUUCAAAAUAAUCAAAAUAAUCAAAAUAUUAUAAAUAGUUCUUCAUCUUUUAUUCAAAAUGAUAAUAGUAGUAGUAUAAUUAGUAAUAAUAAUGUAAAUAGUAAUAACAACAAUCAAAAUAAUGAUAUAUUAUCAUCACAAAUAUCAAUGUUGGCAAAUCAAUUGGCAGAUUUAUCAUCAAAGAUUGAUCAAUCUACAAAGAUAGCAAAACCAAUACCAAAAGAAAAGGAAUAUAUUAUCAGAGAGAUAUGGGGAAAGGAAACAAAAGCAUGUGCAACCAUGAUGCAACGAUCGACAUGGGCAGAUCCAUUCAUGACCUAUUUUUUCCAAGGAGAAAGUUGGACUAAAAGUGGAAGUGAAUGGUACUUUGGAUGCAUGCUCAACUAUGCCUUGAAGCGAGCCCGAGUAUGGGGUGUCUUUAACAAUAAACCAGAUCGUAAUGGAGACCAGAUGCUCGGUGUCAUGAUAUGCCAACCACCAAACGAAGUAGGUGUUCGAAUUGUUGAAAUGAUAAAGGCUGGUAUGGUCCUCGCCACCUACAAGAUGGGUAUAGCCCCACUGUCUCGAGUACUUAAUCUGUUUCAAAAAACAGAAAAGGUUCACAGUGAUGUUACCAGAGGAAGACCACAUUGGUACAUCAAUGCAAUCAUUGUAGACAUUUUAAUGAAAAGAAAUCACAUUGGAACUGAUCUAAUCAACACUGUCCUCCAAUUGGCAGACUCUCAAAAGGUGGCUGUAUAUAUUGAUACUGCUAGUUCAGAAUCUUUAAAAUUUUUGGAGAAAUUUAAUUUUAAAAUAAUGUAUCAUUCUACUGAGAAUGGAAUGGUUGAUUUUUGGGCAUUAUUAAGAGAACCAAAUUAA